UGUGCACGCCGGUGUGCACGCGCGGGUCCGCCGCCGAACUCGCGUUUCCGUUACGGGAGCCAGGGCCGCCUCUGCCGGCGGCUGCAGAUGGGCGCCCGGCGCCCCCUCCCGCCCAAUCCCCUCCCCCGGGCGCUCUCGCUCGCUCUCCUCCCUCCUCCCACCUCACCCACGGCAGCGGCGGCCGCCUCCGGAUGCGCAGGGCAGCGCUCCGCACGCGAACCCCUCCUGCAGCAGCGGCGGAGCGAGCCGAGCGCCGAGCCCCGGGCGUGCGUGCUGCUCCCUCCCAGCCACCCAGAGACCAUGAGCCGCGGCGCGGGGGUGACGGAGAGCAGUGAGGAUCACAGUGCCUCUUCAGAAGAAAAAGAUUGCCCUAGCCCCAACCUAGAUACGUCAAAGGACUCUAAGUCAGGAGAGGACAGCAGUUCUGAGAGCAAUUCUGAAAGUGACUCUGAUAAUGAGGAGCCAAAACCAGAAAAAACAACCCUUGUUGUCUCCACAGAUGGGGAGCUAGGAGAGUCUUUCACCGAGGAAGCUGCCACUCAAGCUGAAGAAUGGGAGGAUAAAGAAUUACCCACAGAUCAUUUGAAUUCAGAACUUACUAAAAUCCAUCCUCACUGUGAACACUGUAAAGCUGAAAAUAAAAACAAUGAAAAAGUGACCCCCAGACUUCUUUCCAGGGGACAAUUUUUACUGAAGGUGGACACGGAGGGAAUUUACGAGUGCACGGAAACUGGUCUGGUAUUUGAGGUUAACAGAAAAGUUGACAUCAAGUAUUGCAUUUUGUCCUGGAGCAGAUACGCAGACCUGGUUGUUAAGCCCUGGGCUGUUGGGGGCCCCUUGUUUGAUGUUAAAUGUGAUCCAACCUGUCUUACCUCCAUUCAGUUGCCACAUUCCCUCUGCUUGGGUCACCAUGACGUUAAUAUGACAUUCAAAGUCUUACAUGUCAAACCUUCUGGGGCCUCAUUAGAAUAUCCUGUGGAUCAUUCUGCGUCCCAUGUCAAAUGGCACGUGAGCUCUCUUUCUCCUGUGGGACCUGUUAUUCAAAGUGAAGAGACGUUAUACCACCACGGGGCUGUGGUUCUGUACAAAGUCAUUGACCAGAAUCCAUCCUUGUCUUUUCGCGUGUACGUAGCAACCAAUAACGAGUCCUUCAUCAAGGAUAUUUCCAAGUCUGUAAAGCACUCCUCUAAGAAAUUCAUGAAAAUCGACAAGCCUCCUGUUUGCCAGAAGUUACUGCAGAAUGGGAAGAGAUACAAACUGAUCAGUGAACCAGAAGCUGAUAUUACCCCAGAGGAAAUUGAAUUUGUGGAUGGUUCACUUUUAAAAUUGAAAAGUUAUAUUGAAGUGUAUUUAGAGCAACCAGUGGAGUUUAAAUUACUGUUGGUUGAAAUGGAUUCCGAAGAAAUUGUAUGGAAAGCGAAACUGAGAGAAUGUGACUGGGUCCAGCAGGACCAGAGUCGGAACAUUUCAAAAAGCAGCACAAGUGGUAAGAGGCGACGGAAACUGAGCAGCACCCUGCCUGCUGAGGAGAUCUGUGAUAAAAGAAUGAAGGUGGACACCUUAGAUGGAGCGAAGACCCCUUUAACAGACACUCAGUUGAUUACCCUUGCUGAGACGUUGGGGAAGGAGUGGAUAAAAGUUGCCAUUGUCAACCUGGAGUUGGAUAUUAGCGAUAUUGAUUCUAUCCGGGAGAAGAAGGAAAAUGAUACAGCCUGUAAGUUUAGGAUGCUGAAGAAGUGGCAAGAAAAGGAGCAGAGUAAUGCCACAGUCCAGAAUUUAUAUAACUGCCUGAAAAGCGUCUCCGCUGAAAUCCAAGCUGUGCUGGAAGGUUUCUUACAGGCCAUGUGAAAUGUGGAGGAUGAACUGAAAAAGGAAGCCUCAGGAACUUGUAUCUGCAAAACACCAUUUCCACUGAUAAUUGGUUAAAGACUUGAGGAGACCUUGAACUUCACGGGCCUGUGGAAGGAACUUUUUUAUAGUCAGCCACUCUAUAGAUCAUAUUAUCCAGGGGCAAAGAGAAUGUAAACUAUUUGGAAAAUUGAGGAAGAAAACGCCCCUAUUAUAUCAAGAUUUUUUUUUAUUUUUUUGCACCUCCUCCUCACACCGUCCCACCCUGCUACCCCACCCAAACAGGUACAAUUACAAGGGGUGCUUAAAAAUGACUCAACUCAGGUGAGAAAUGUGGUAAUUUUCUUUUUGGAGUCUGUGGACUAUGAAAUUCCUAACAAGUGUUUGAAACAUUUUUAGCAAUUAAAUGGUGGUGUAGUUAAACUUGCACCCAUUUAGUUUAGCUUUUAUUGUAUUGACAUGAAUGAAGAGAGGUUCCUGCUCUUUUAGCUCCCACACAGACAGACACACAUGCCUCUGGCUACAGUCUAUCUUUUUAUGUGGGAUAUGAUUUCUGUUUCGCACAUUACUAACCUAUCUGGCUAGUGGCCUGUUAAACCCUUAGACCAAUCAUGUUAUCUAGCCCUAGAGUGAUUAGAAAUGAAUGUAAUCCUCUCCCAUCGUGUUUGUAUACACACUCAGAGGUGAUCUUCUCACCUUAUGGGGCAAUUGAACUGGAUCAAUUGUCAGAGUUGCUGCAAUUUUCAUCAACUUUCCAAAAUCAACCAGGCCAAACACUACAUUUCUUGACUUUUACCCUGGGGUCAUUUACUUCCUGGGGGGGAUAAAACCCACUCAGAAAUGGCCUUAGCAGGACCAAGGGAAAACUGCCAUCUCUUCUUGAAGAAGACUUGCCCCAGGGAAUCAUGGGCCACAUUGGCUCUUGUUAAUUGGUGAAAUAUCUUUUUUUUGGAGGGGCGUAUGUAUAGAUAUUGUCACUCUCUCAGAAUCAUGCAUGUGGUGAUUAACAUUUUGGAUAUGUUUUGUUAACUUAUUUGAAGAAAUUAUAAAUUACCAUUGGUCUUCUGUCAACAUUAGCUGGAGAGUACAAUAAAUCUCAAUGAAUUAAUCAGAGAAACACACUUUAUUGUUUUGCCUGUGAAGAACAAAUUUACUUUAUAGGGAAGAACAUAUUUUUAAUUGUCAGGGAUCCUGUGGAAUUCAAAUCAGUGUCACUUUAUGCGUUUUUUUUUUUAAUUGUACUAUAUUUUAGGAAACACAUGGAGUUUUAACAUUCGGAAGUAUAAACUACUUAAAGGACUUGAAUUUUUAAAUGUUUAUUAUUUUUUAUAAGUUGUUUUUUGAAGAAAAGCAUAAUUGCAGAAGUGCUUUGUAUAUAAGCUGGUUUCCUAACAACUUACAACCGUUUUCAUACUAUGGUUGAAGGGAAGAAAAAUAAAUCUGCAUUUGUACAGUGUAAAUGUGGCUUCA